GACAAAAUUUGUGCUGAGAACUCCCAAUCUCUCAUUCUCUCGCUAAGUUCCUCUCUCGUUCCCUCACCGUUUUUUCUGCUGCGAACAUGGCCGCCACGAGACUUGAGCAACCUCACCACCAUCAACAGCACAUUGUCGUCAUGCGCCAUGGCGACCGCCUCGACAACGUCGACCGGUCGUGGCCAGCCACCGCCCCCAAGCGGUGGGACCCCCCAUUGGCCGAGGUCGGUCGGGACAGGGCGCGAGAGACGGCCAAGCAACUCCCCUACCAGCUCGGGUUCCCGAUCCACCGGAUUGUGGUGUCUCCUUUCCGGAGGUGCAUUGACACCGCCCUUGGAUUGAUUGCCGGUCUCUCGGCCCCAGGCGAGGACCCCAAUGCAGUGACAAGCGACAACGGCAUCGACUCAUCCAAAGUCAAGGUAUCUAUAGAGUAUGGAUUGAGUGAGAUGUUCAACGAUGUGGCAAUCAAAUAUCCUCCUACUAAUCCCGUGGACCACGCGGAUUGGAAAUUCAAUAAUCCCGAGAUCGAAGCUUUGAUUCCAAUAGACACUUUGGAUCGUACAGUGAAAUCGGUGUUUAAUGAGCUGCCGCACUGGGGAGAGACUGAGGCAAAGGCAAGAGAUAGAUAUCUCCACACUAUUCGUUCUCUUGCCAAUAGCUACCCGUCAGAAAAUUUGCUGCUUAUCACUCAUGGGGAAGCAGUGAAGGUUGCGCUCUUGACACAUUUAGAGGAGGCUGCGAGAUUCGAGAUUAAAGUGAAUUACUGCGGAUAUAUACAGCUUAGAAGAUCAGUCGUUCAGAGCAGUGAGGCGUUAGAGGCUGGCGAGUUCGAGCUUCUCACAAGCGAUGGCCAAUCCGGCGUCAACUGCUUGCCGAGGACGGAUAUGUGAUUGAUACCCUCAUGUUCGCAUGACUUGUCGUAGGACACAGGUGAUCUAAAAGAACUUGGUCUUAUGAGUUUUGUGUCUUUGUCAACGUUUCCUUCUGCUAGGGGGACUGCUUGUAUGGACGGGCUGUCAAUGAAUGUGAUUAUGGUCUUUUCUCUUAGUUUCUUUACUUGAAAAAGAGAACCCAUUAGGAAUCAAGCUGGAAAUUCCAAUAUAUUGAAUAUUAUGGAAUGAGAGAUUUAAAUGGAAUUUCUCUACUACUGAAUGGAAUGACAUAAAAUAUCGUGUCAACAUUUUUAGGUUUUUUUUUUUAAGUGGGUGA